AUUUAAAAUUAUUAGUUCAAUCAUCAUUUUAACUAACGGUUCAGGUUUUGUGAUGUAGCUGUUCUUUUUUUUUUUUUAAUUUUCAUUGUUAUCAGAUAAGGUGCGAGGAGUCCAAGUGACUGCUCAUCCAGGAAGAAGCGUUCAUCUAGAGCAUCUGAUUUUUGCGUCCGCUGAGGUGGCAUCAUGAACAGUUGCAGUUUCAGCUGUUGACGGCGACGAUAUACCUUGCAUGUCCUCGCUGGCAUCACUUACGGAGUUGGGUCUAACUUCCGACGAGUUUCUCGCGGAUUGCAGACGGAAGCACUUUAAGGCUUCCCUUGCGACCACAUAUGGUUCUACUGUUGCUACUCCUCCGACUCAAAAACCAAUCAAACCAUCUACUCCAUCUGCUCCUCCGAUCCCAUAGUCACCUGGCUGCAGACCAAGUGGACCAACAUUGUGAUCAGUGGGCACGUCGUCUGGUCUGGCGCACCGGGAACAUACUGCAACCCACAAUCAAAAGCAAACGGAAGAAAGACGCUGCGAGACUGUAAAUUUUCAUGUAAUAAAUAUUCAUCGCAAUGCGACGAAGUAGGCAUUUCUCACCGCCUGGCCCCACCGCGUGUCACGACCCGUUUCCAACGGCCUCGAGCAGGGCAGGCGGGUGUUUUAUUGACCUAACAUUUGGCAGGGCAACCGAGAGGCACAUCAGAGAUUCAGUCUACAAGCUGCUCUGCUUUGUUCCUUGUUACAUACUAUAUAUAUCAGUUCAAAAUUCAGUUGAUAAAAAGAAAAAUAAUUAUUCUAGCAUCAUGAUAAAGUACACGAAGGUGCAGCUGCGCAAUGACUCGUACGAGCCGGAUCUGCGCUCGGAGGGCACCUAUAUCUGCCAGUUUCCAAAACCCCCACCGCCGCCGCCCUUUGGCGACACGGGCACCUGGCAUGGACAUCUGGAGCCCCAUGAGCGUCUGUUCUACCACCAGACAAUGAACUCGGUGCGCUACAGCAAGCGUUAUCGUGGUAACCCGAACAUACCCAAGGAUUCGCUGGACUUUCAGCUGCAAUCACGCUACGAUCAUAGCCGGGAGUGCUUCCCGGAGAAGGUGGACUCGGUGCUGCAGCGCGAGACGUGCACGGCGAUCUGUAGUUGGUCAGCGCCUGGCGGGGCAAAGGAGGUCGGUGCCAAGUAUCAGACAUUUAGGGUUUUGCGCAAUACGCGCUUUAUUCGCCGGAAACAAGACGACGCUUUGGGUCAUCCGCUUCGCAUUGGCGGCUGCAAGGAGAAGAUUCAUCCGCAUAGCGUCAAGCUCAUCUGCAGCGGCGUUCACAAUCAAUUGGUCAACAAUGGCUUCUCACGCCAGACCUCCGAUGGCAACUUCUUCCGUUAUUAGCUCCUC